AUGGCGGCGGCGGCGGAUCCGAGCUCGGGUCCGACUGCGGGCAGCGAGCAGCGCCCCGACCGCGGCGGUACCGGCGGCAGCAGCAGCACCACCGGCACCGGCACCACCACCACCGGCAGCAGCAGCACCGGCAGCGGCAGCAGCAGCAGCCCCGGGUCGGUGGAGCUGGCGGCGGCGCGGCGGCGGCUGGUGGCGGCGGAGGGGCGGCGGCGGGCGGCGGCGGAGCUGGAGGGCCGGGUGCUGCAGGUGCACUGCGCCCUGCGCCACGCGGAGCUGCGCUUGGCCGCCCGCGCGGAGGCCCUGGGCCGGCUCGGGGCCGGCGUGGCCCAGGCUCAGCUGGCGCUGGCUGCGCACACGCAGCGCCUGCAGAAGGGGCUCCGCCGCCGACCCCGGCCCCGGCCCGGGGCGCUCCUGGCGGCCGCCCGCGCCCUCCGCAGCUGCGUGCCCUGGGCCCCCGCCCGCACCCGCGGGGCCGCCGCUCCCCCCGCUGCCGCCCGCCGCCUGCCCGCCGCGCCCCGCAGCCCCGCCUAG